AUUGGAUUAUUUAUCAACGAUGGAAACUGAACUGGAUGGCUCUGAACUGGGAACAAAAGAGUACUGGGACUCCAGCUAUACCCGGGAGAUUGGAAACUACAAAAACCAUGGUGACGUCGGGGAGAUCUGGUUCGACGAAGACUCUCAGCAGCGCGUAAUUGACUGGCUGAUAAAGCAGAAGAUCGAAAAACAGGCCCGGGUACUGGACUUGGGAUGCGGCAAUGGAAUGUUUCUGGUAGGCCUGGCCAACGAAGGAUACGAGCAGUUGACGGGUGUGGAUUAUUCUGCGAAUGCCGUUGAGCUGGCCAAGAAUAUUGCUCAGGACCAUGAACUGAAAAUUACCUACAAAGUGGCGGAUUUGACGCAGCCACAGAAUGAAUUGGGAGCAUUCGACGUGGUUCAUGAUAAAGGCACUUAUGAUGCCGUUAGUCUCUGCCCAGAAAAUCCCAAGGAGAAACGUGCUUUGUACCUGGCCACGGUGGAAAAGCUACUCAGCUCUGCGGAAAGCCUGUUUGUCAUCACAUCCUGCAACUGGACCGAAGAGGAGCUAGUGCAGAGCUUUGCCGAGAAACUGAUCAAACAUGCUACUAUCCCGACACCCACAUUUAAGUUUGGAGGCAAGGUUGGCAAUGUGGUGACCUCGGUGGUGUUUAAAAAAAGAUGAACACAUUAUUAUUUGUAAAUAUCAGAUUGCAUUUGAUGAAAACAUCUUAAUAGAUUUAAAAAUAUAUAAAAAAUAUACACGAUAAAA